AUGGGCCUCUCCGUCCUCGCGCCUGUGCUCGGAGCUGCCUUCGUCGCCUGCAUCACAUACGCAGUCAGCUCGCUCUUCGUGAACAAGUGGGACCCGCGCGGAAAGCACUGCUUCGUCACUGGGGGCUCGUCCGGCGCCGGCUUCGCGCUCGCCCAGCUCCUCGUCCGUGAGGGCGCGCACGUCUCCAUCGUCGCGCGCAACCAGGCGCGCCUCGACGAGGCGCUCGCUGAGCUCGAAAAAGAACGCCAGAGCCCCGAUCAAGUCCUCAAGGCGUACCCUUUCGCCGUCAACUCCGAAGCUGGCUCCGCAGCCGCGCUCGAGGCAGCCUGCGAGUCGUUCAAGGGCCGCGCGCCCGACGCCGUCUUCACCUGCGCCGGCGCGUCGCGACCGGGCUUCUUUGUCGAGCUCAGCGAGGAGUCGCUUAGGCAGGGGCUGGAGCUCACGUACUACGCUCAGGCGUUCACAGCUUUGGCCGCGACCAAGGCCAUGGUGAGGACCGGGGUGAAGGGCAAGAUUGUCUUCGUAUCUUCCGUACUCGGCUACUUCUCCAUAGUUGGGUACGCCGCCUACGCGUCUGGGAAAUUCGCUCUGCGAGGGCUCGCCGAAACCCUCCACUCCGAGUUCAAGCUGUACGGGAUCGACGUCCACAUUGCCUUUCCCGGCACGAUUUACUCGAAAGGCUACGAGGAGGAGAACAGAGUCAAGCCCGCGGUCACGCUCAAGAUCGAAGGGACCGACAGCGGGAACGCGCCCGAGGUCGUCGCCGCCACCAUCCUCUCAGGCGUCCGCACGGGCAAGUUCCACAUCACGGACAGCCUCAUCGGGCACGCCUUCCGGUCGACCUCCGCGGGAUCGUCGGAGCGCAACAGCUACGUGCUCGACCUCGUCUACCUCCUUAUCGGCUACAUCGGGCUUCCCAUUUGGCGCCUCGGCGUGGACAGCACCGUCAAGGGCCAUCGCGAGGAGCACCGCGGCUACCUCCGCGAGCGCAGGAUCCUUGCGCCGUGA